AUGGCUAUUAGGUCAAGAUUGACGGUCAUGCUCAUGUUGACCCUGGCUAUGGCCAUGGUAGCAGAGUCGUCGUUCUCUCACUUGGACUCUGCUACCAUAGCCUUUGCUCGCAUGAGCAAUGACAAUAGUGGACGUGUUGGGGACACGUUAGACGUGGACGAAGAGAUGAUGAUGCCAUCCGAAUCAGCUCGUAGAUCAGUACUUAACGCGCGCGAUGAUCAUAUCUCCUAUAGAGCGAUGAGCAAGAAUCAAAUCCCAUGCGACCAACGAGGUCAAUCUUAUUACAACGCUUGCAAUCGCAUGUCGAAGAUUAAUCCUUAUAGGCGUGGUUGUUCAAGAAUCACCAAUUGUGAACGCACAAAUAGUUAA